AUGAAGAUGCUCCUGCCUCUGGUAAUCCUUCAGCUGUUCCUGGCUCCGGCGCUCACGGUGCCCAGUAGAGAUAACUGGGAUGCAUGGGGUCCUUAUGGUGAAUGCAGUCGCACCUGUGGCAGCGGUGUAACCAUGAGAACCAGACGCUGUAUCACUCAGAGGGCCGAUGGCGGACACAACUGUGUGGGACCAGAGACGUCUUAUCGCUCCUGCAACAUCCAGGACUGUCCAGAGGGAUCCAGGGAUUUCCGUGAGGAGCAGUGCUCCCAGUUUGAUGGAACUGACUUCCAAGGGAAACGCUAUAAGUGGCUCCCAUAUUAUGGAGCUGAGAAUCCCUGUGAGCUGAACUGCAUGCCAAGGGGAGAGAACUUUUUCUAUCGCCAUCGCAGCUCCGUGGUCGAUGGUACGCCCUGUCACCCCGGGCGGAGGGACGUUUGUGUGGAAGGAGUCUGCAAGCGUCUGGGCUGUGACAACAUAUUGGAGUCUCCUCAGCAGGAAGACCCCUGCCUGCAGUGUGGGGGCAGCGGACAGACCUGCCACCUGGUCAAGAACACCUUCUCUGUGAACAACCUGCCAUCUGGCUACAACCAGAUGUUCAUCAUCCCUGUCGGAGCCACCACCAUCAGCAUCAGAGAAACCGUGGCCUCACGCAAUUACCUUGCUAUCAAGAACCUACGUGGGGAGUACUACCUCAAUGGCCACUGGGCAAUUGAUUUUUCCCGGUCGACACCCAUCGCCGGCACUGUGCUGUACUACCAGAGAGGCGCUGAGGGUGACAACAUCCCUGAAACUAUCAUCGGCCGCGGCCCCACCACUGAACCACUUGUUGUUGAGCUGAUCAGCCAGGAGCCAAACCAGGGAGUGGAGUAUGAAUUUUACCUUCCCAAUGGGCGCUCCAGCGAGGGCUACUACUGGAGUUUUGGAUCAUGGUCCGCCUGCAGCAGAGAGUGUGGAUCAGGUUACCAGUCUCGUCUGGUUUUCUGCACCAUUGAUAAUGAGUCCUACCCCGACUAUCUCUGUGCAUCUCUGCCAAGGCCACAGAGCAACCGCACAUGCAACCCUCAUGCCUGCCCACAGGUCCGCAGCUGGAAAACCGGGGAGUGGAAUACCUGCUCAGUUAGCUGCGGUGGAGGCUCUCAGGUGCGCAGCGUGCAGUGCGUCUCCCAUGAUGCCUCAGGACCUCGCGUGGUGGAGGAUGCCGUUUGUGCCGCCUACUCCGAGGCUCCACCCACUCUGCAGACCUGCAACAUGCACACGUGUGCAGAGUAUAAGGUGACCGGCUGGAGCCAGUGUUCAGUGACUUGUGGUUCAGGUGAAAAGACCAGAGAGGUCACCUGUGUGGGUACAGGAGGCAUGAGGCUGGAGGACACAUUGUGCAGCACUUUGCUCCGUCCGUCCUCUGUCCAAUCCUGUGAGAUGGCUGCCUGCCUGAGACAGAUUAACUGGCAAGUCGGAGAGUGGGGACUGUGCUCUAGGAGCUGUGGCUCCGGCUCACGAGAGCGCAAAGUGAUCUGCUCCGACCAACAGGGUAACCUGUACCCCGUGGCCCAAUGUGCCGCCUACCCCAAACCCUCCACAUCGGGACGCUGCAACACCCAGCCAUGCCACAGCCCACAGGUUGUCCCCAGCGUUCAGAACCCAAGAGGACACAACAACACAGGGACCAGCUUCCAGCCCUACGUGCCAGACACAGCCCGUAGGACAGACACUGCGGAUCCGUCUCAAACAAACACAGUCCAUGUCCAUGACCCUCCGGCCCUCCACUGCCGCCAGUCCUACUAUGGCUGCUGCCCAGACGGACGCACUUCAGCCCGUGGCCCCGGAGGUCUGGGCUGCUCACAGGCUCCUGUUCAACCAUCCUGCAUUCAGACCAGUUAUGGCUGCUGCAGAGAUGGAGUGACGGCUGCUCAGGGCCCCAACAAGGAGGGCUGCUCGGAGUAUGUGGCACCCACUCCUGCUCCUUCUCUUCCCACUGAGAAUGCAGUGCAGUGCCGCCUCACCACAUACGGAUGCUGUUAUGACCGCACCACACCUGCAGGGGGACCCAACGGGGAGGGCUGCCCCAACCCACCCAACAACAUUGAGCGUUCCAUCUGCUCCCUGCCUCGUGCCGCCGGCUCCUGCAGUAGCUGGACAUCACGCCACCACUAUGAUGUCAUCACCUCCUCAUGUAAGCAAUUCUGGUACGGAAGUUGCCAUGGCAACACCAACAACUUCAUGACCCGAGCAGAGUGCGAGAGGGCGUGCCGGGUGCCCACACCCAGCCAGCAGCUGCCAGAGACGCCGUCAAGAGGAGGAUCUACAUCUGGAAGGACAACAUCUGUAGCAGGCACCGCAUCUGAAGGGGGGUCCAGAGGAGCUGGAGCAGGAGGGUCAACAGGCGGGCGUUCACGCAACAUGGGAAGGGUUUUCACAGUCCAGGGUGGCUCGACAUCCACUGGCAGCCAGGCCACAAGUGCUGCCACACAUGCCCACAGGGCCAGGGUCUAUAUGCGUGCACGCCGGCCUUCCCCCGACACUGCUGCUCAGCACACUGGCCCAUCAGCGAGUUUGACCCUCGGCGGAGUGACCAUCGAUAAGACGGAUCCGUCCACUGUGGAGGCUUUAGCUGGCCAGACGGUUGUGCUGCCCUGCAGAGUCAGCCCGCCGCCAUCAUCCACUGUCAUCGUAGAGUGGAGAAGAGAUGGCAUCCCUCUGUCUACACGCAGGCAUCAUCAACAGCCUAAUGGUUCCCUGUUGGUUGGUCCUCUCACUAAGUCAGACUCUGGAUGGUUCUUGUGUGUGGCUACUCAAGAACGGGAGAGAGACCAUCGCUACAUUUACCUGUCUGUCUCAGAGAGAUCAUCUCAGCUGAUUCCCACCUCACUGCCCAGAGAUGGUCCAUUCCCGAGGUUCAGUAUCGAGCGGUCAGAUUCAUCUUUGCUGGAAAUGCGAGGAGGCCAAACUGCCAAACUUCCCUGCACGAUUCUCCCUCCUUCUGCACUUCCGUCUGUCCACAUUCAGUGGACAAAAGAUGGACAGCCUGUCAGUGACUCCAGGUUUGUCCAACAUUCAGAUGGCACCCUGAUCAUUGGCCCGCUGAAGUCUGAAGACUCUGGAGUCUACACAUGCACAGCGUCCACUCAGCAGCAGCUGGAGCAGAGACAGCUGCAGCUCAGAGUCCAAGAUUUGAGGAUCACCACAGCUCCUAAUAACAUCCAGGUGUCUGAAGGCAGCACAGCUCGGCUCCCCUGUGUGGUGUCAGGAGACAACGUCAAUAUCGGCUGGUCCAGAAAUGGGGUGCCGGUGCGUCCAGACGGGCGUAACAUCCUGCGGUCCACUGAUGGCAGCCUGAUCCUGUAUAAUGUAAAACCUUCAGAUGAGGGCACCUACACCUGUAACGCCUACACCGGCAUCUACUCUGUGAGUGCCACGGCUGAAGUGAGGGUCACGAAAAACACGCAGCAAGAUGUUGAUGUGCCGCCAGACUGCGUGGACCAGCCUGAGCUUGCCAACUGUGAGCUGAUUGUUUACUCCCGACUUUGCUCCAACCUAUACUACUCCAGUUUCUGCUGCGCCAGCUGUACCAGGCAUUCGCAGAAGAAUGACAGGUUGGGUCGGCUAGGGUAA